AUGCAGAGGAUACCACUAAGUUUGGUGAUUGCAAGAAACAACAAUAUGGCUGCCGCCGUUGGACUACUGGUCUUCCAAAACUUUUGGUUUUGGUAUCCGUUGACGAAUUUCAUCAGUCUCGCCCUGACUCCAACAACAUUAAUUGCUCUCAACAAAGACCUGAAGAUGCCGAAGAUGCAGUUCCGUUCUAAUGCUAAACCAUCAGCUUUUGCUUAUCCUCAACCACUUCAGCCAGAGAAAGAGAAAAAACGAGAAAAAGUAGAAACCGCCGUCCUCAGUAUCACAGCCAAACAGCGGAAGAAAGAGGCGGACAAAAAGCAUCACAAAGAGCAGCAACAACGCACCAAGGAGGGGGCCAGCAAAGAAGAGAAGAUGGAAGUAGAUACCACAGAUGCAAAUAAAGAAGCUAAACCGACAACUUCGACAUCGACCGAAUCUAAAGAAGAAAAGGCUGGAAUCCUAAUGGUCCUAGACAAACGUCCUCAGGAAGCGGAGGUGUUGGUCGAAUUAGUUCACGGUCACGGUCCCACCGGUGCUCGUACUGCCACCGCCAGCUCCUCCGGUGGCACAGAAGAAGAAGAGGAAGAGGAAGAAGGAUACUAUCAGUCUACUGUUGUAACGAUCCAAGACGGUAAACUUAAAACUGACGUGGAGAUGGAUGACGGUGCGGGGAUUUCAGAAGCUAAAAGAAGCAAACGCAAACACGUCACUUCCGGUUCAGGUGGGCGGCGUACUGUAAAGGGUGCUCAUACCGAACCGAGCCCACCCAAAUCAUUCUUGUUUGUGGACGAAGAGGAGGGUAACGCCCCAGCCGAAUCCCAACCUUCCCAAGGGACUAGUGCUGCUGGUGGUUCCUCCGGGGCAGCUUCUCACGAGCCGAUGGAAGUCGAACCAACUGAUCCUAAAAAUAAACCCGACAGAUUUCUGUCCAUGCAACUGGUAGCUGGAUGCAUCAUAUUGAGUGGUAGUCAUAAAUUUGUUCAUCCAACCGGUCGUCUAGUGAUGCCCUGUUUGAUGAGCGAGGAGACAGAGAGGUGUGAUUUCCUCGGUGGUUCACUUCUGUUCAAUUUCGUGCAUGCGCUCUUUAAGGCAUUCGCAACUCUUCGUCUGGCUCUUUAA